UUGUUAUUCCUCCUUCAUUGCGUAAAUCUGUUCUUGAAGAUCCUCAUACUGGACAUUUGGAUGUUGAGAAAAUGAAGUCCUUGGCAAGGCUCUCAUGUUGGUGGCCAGAGAUAAAUGCAGAUAUAGGUCGUACAGCAAACAAUGGUGAAAAGUUUUAUAAGUUGAAAAGUCAGCAUUCAAAGUGAACUUCAAGGCCAGUAUCGUCUGGGGCCUGGCAGAGAAUUCUUGCAGACCAUUGUGGUCCGUUUCUUGGCAAAUACUAUGCACUUGUAGUUAUUGGUUCUUUUUCGAAGUGGCCUGAAGUUUUUUUCACAACGUCACCAGCUUCAGACUUAACAAUUCAAGCAUUAAGAAAGGCGUUUAGUCGAAGUGUUCCCAUGGUGUUAGUGACUGAUAAUGGCUCUCAUUUCGCUGCAGAUGCAGUCAAUACCUGGUUGAAUGGUAUAGGGUGCAAGCAUCUGUUCACUGCUUCCAGGCACCCUUGUUCUAAUAGUGAGGCAGAAAAUUUUGUCAGGACAUUGAAAACUGCUAUUGAUUCUAUUACUGCUUCAAGAUUUAACGAACUGGAGAGGAGAGUAUGUACCUUUCUACUGCAAUAUACAAAUGCCAGACAUUCUUUGACGAGAGAGACUCCAUCAAAGCUACUAAAAGGAGGAAUUCUUCGGUGGAAUAUGAGAUGUUUGAAGUCUACAGAUGUUACAUCUUAUCGUGGAAAUGGUCUUCGAUCAUCCACGAGGAUUUCAAAAUAUUCCAUAAAAAUAUCUGCCAGAACUGGACCAAGUGGACUUCCCAUUGCUACGUCAUCGAUUUGACGAUAUAUGGUGUUAUUAAACUGGAAUUGAACGUCUGUUGCUCACAUCAAUAGUAUUUUUUUGAAUUCUCGGGGCUGAUAAAGGUAG